AUGAAGGAAGCCAAGGAGCGCACGAGGUCUUCGCGCCCGAUUCCACCGCGAGAUGGAAGCAAGCUUAUCAAAGCUUUUCUCGGGCAGGCCGAGGAUUUACCCCACGACCUCCUGGACACCAACACGCACAUGCUCCACGUCAAUCACGCAUACAAAAACGUAAUGAAGAUGAUCGGCAAGAAACCCGCUCGGCGACUCCUGCAUCUUUUCCUGGCAAUCAAGAGGAAGAAAACACAGCGGCGAUAG